UUCUCCCCCCCCCCCUUCCGUCCCUCUGGCUCUCCGGGUGUGGCCCGUCCAGAAGGCUCGCCGGACCGUUCUGGCUGUGGGCAUCGCUGCGCCAGGAGGGGGGGUCUGCCCAGAAGCCCCCAGAGGAGGAGAGGUUGCAGCCCCUCCCCGCCCAGAAGGGGAGGAUAGUCAGACUCCCACCACUCAUAUCAGUUUCCCCGGCAAUCCUGGACUCGCCCCCGGACUGUGGGACUUGGAUGGACACCUCGGAGACCAACAGCACCACGGAGGAGGAAGAGGAGAAAAUGGCGGCUGAGCUGCGGCCCAGAACCCGCUCCAACCCGGAGGGGGCUGAGGAUCGCACCCUCAGCAUGCAGGCCAGCGUGGGGAGUCGCAGCGAAGGGGAGGGGGAGGCGGCCAGCACCACCACCAGCCCCCCCAGUGCUGCUGUCCAGGCCCCCAACGGCAAGACCUGGCUGGCCCCAACCCCUCCCUCUGAAUUCCAGGUCCGGACGCCGCGGGUGAACUGCCCAGAGAAAGUGAUCAUCUGCCUGGAUCUCUCGGAGGAAAUGUCCCACCCGAGGCUGGAGUCCUUCAACGGGCUGAAGACCAACGCCCUCAACAUCUCCCAGAAGAUGAUCGAGAUGUUUGUCCGCACCAAGCACAAGAUCGACAAGAGCCACGAGUUUGCGCUGGUGGUGGUGAACAAUGACGUCACUUGGCUCUCCGGCUUCACUUCCGAGCCCAGGGAAGUUUGCAGCUGCUUGUACGACCUGAAGACCAUCCUCUGCAAAUCCUUCAAUCUGGAAGGCCUUUUCAAUCUGAUACAGCAGAAGACGGAGCUUCCGGUGAUGGAGAACAUCCAGACCAUCCCACCGCCCUACGUGGUGAGGACCAUCUUGGUCUACAGCCGCCCUGCUUGCCAGCCGCCCGUGGUGGUGACCGACCAGAUGAAGAAAAUGCUCCAGUGCCCUUAUUUCUUCUUUGACGUGCUCUACAUCCACAACGGCAUUGAGGACAAGGAGGAGGAGGUCACCUGGAAGGAGACCUUCGCCGCCUUCAGCAACCUGGAUGCCAAGGGCACCAACUACAAGUACGAAGUCUCCCUGAGCGGCCCGGCUGUGGAGCUGCACAACUGCAUGGCCAAAUUGCUGGCCCACCCGCUCCAGCGGCCCUUCCAGACCCAUGCCUCCUACAGCAUGCUGGAGGAGGAGGAGGAGGCAGCGCCCGAGAUGGAGGCCGUGGUGUGACCCUCCCGAUCGGACCGGAGGGGGUGGGCUGGGAGGAAGCAGGGAGACCACCUAGCCCUCUUUCCUUUGUAACCUUCCUGGCCGGGGAAUUUGCAGGGGUGGUUGGGAAAGAAGAGCUCAUGUGGGACGCUGGACGGAGCUUCUUCCUGGGGAAUGAAAAGCCUGGGGGUUCGGAGUCAGUUGAUUAAAAAAUGUGACCUACCUUCCUGCGAGUCAGAUCUCUUUCCGUUGAAGGAAUCCGGCGUUGCUCAGCUGGAUUCCAAUAAAGGUUGGAAAAAUC